UAGAUCUCGGGACCCAACCCAUAAGUUGGGCCAAAUUAACGGACAAAAUUUCAUUUAGGAAAGUAUGGGCAGCUACUUCUUUACAUAUAAUUAGCAGCCUCAUUCACAUUCUAAUAAAUCAUAAAAAAUUUGGUCUGAAGCAGUUCGAUCAUGGGUUUCUCAAUCUCACUCUUUUUCCUUCUCUUGCCUCUUUCGUUCCAAUUUUCAUCUUCCCUAUUCUCGUUGAUCAAGGGGUCCUCUCUCUCAGUGGAGAAACAAGCACACGACUUUAUUCUCUCACCUAAUAAAAUGUUCUGUGCUGGUUUCUUUCAAGUUGGCGAAAAUGCCUUCUCCUUCGCCAUAUGGUUCAACGAACCUGACACUCACAACCCCACCACUGUGGUUUGGAUGGCAAGCCGUGAUCAACCCGUAAAUGGGAAGCUCUCAAAGCUUUCUCUUUUGAACAGUGGUAACAUCGUCUUGGUUGAUGCUGGCCAAAUCACCACUUGGUCAUCAAACACAGCUUCACAUGCCCCAGUAAAGUUGCAUCUCCAAGAUGAUGGUAAUCUUGUGCUAGAUGAUCCCCAAGGAACCAUUUUGUGGAAAAGUUUUGAUUUUCCAACGGAUACUCUGCUUCCUGGUCAACCUCUUACCAGAUACACGCAACUUGUGUCUUCAAGAAGCGAGAGUAACCAUUCAUCUGGUUUCUACAAGUUUUUCUUCGAUGAUGACAACGUUCUCGGUCUUCAGUAUGAUGGUCCUGAUGUUUCAAGCUCCUACUGGCCACAACCUUGGUUGAUAAGUUGGGAUGCUGGAAGGACUAAUUUCAACAGUAGUAGAAUUGGCGUGUUGAAUUCUCUGGGACUUUUCAGUUCAACAGAUAAUUUCAGUUUCGUGACAUCUGAUUAUGGCACAGUGCUGCAGAGAAGGUUGAAAGUGGAGUGUGAUGGCAAUGUUCGGGUGUACAGUCGAAAUAAUGUUUUGCAGAAUUGGUAUGUUUCAUGGCAAGCAAUUUCUAGUGGUUGCGUACCUCACGGGAUUUGUGGACCCAACAGCUUCUGUGUUUAUGUUCAUGCGAGUGGAAGAAAAUGUUUGUGUCUUCCGGGGCAUAGAUUGAAGAAUCACAGUGAUUGGUCUCAAGGGUGUGAACCCUUGUUUCAGCUUACCUGCCAUAGGAAUGAGUCUAUGUUCUUGGAGAUUCCAAAUGUUGAGUUUUACGGCUAUGACAAUCAUUAUGUAGAAAUCAGUAACUACAGUGCCUGUGAGAGUUUAUGCUUGCAAGACUGCAGUUGUAAGGGGUUUCAACACUCCUAUAGUGAUGAUAAACGCUUUUAUAGGUGCUAUACGAAAACGCAAUUUCUCAAUGGAAGACGUUCACAAGUAUUCCAAGGAACAACAUACCUGAGAUUGCCCAGAAGUAAUAGCUUCUCUCACAAAGAACAUGACAGAGAAUCUUUAAAUGAUCAUGUUUGUUCAGUUCAACUUCAACGUGCUUAUAUCAAAACACAAGCAAACCAUUAUGUGAAGAUUUUCCUGUGGUUUUCCAUCACCCUUGGAGCUUUUGAAGUGAUUUGUAUUGUUUUGAUUUGGUGUCUGGUUAGGACCAGACAAAAGUCUAAUCGAGAGGGCUACCAUCUUGCAGGAACAGGAUUCAGAAAAUAUAGUUAUUCAGAGUUGAAGAAGGCGACAAAGGGGUUCAGUGAAGAGAUUGGAAGGGGUGCAGGAGGGGUUGUGUACAAAGGUAUUUUAUCAGAUGAAAGACAUGCAGCAAUCAAGAGACUGAAUGAGGCUAAACAAGGAGAAGGAGAAUUCCUUGCUGAAGCGAGUCUCAUUGGAAGGCUUAACCACAUGAACUUGAUUGAAAUGUGGGGAUAUUGUGCUGAGGGAAAGCAUAGAUUGUUGGUGUAUGAGUACAUGGAGAAGGGUUCUUUGGCGGAAAAUCUCUCAUCCAACACUCUUGAUUGGAGUAAGAGAUUCAACAUUGCCCUUGGAACAGCAAGAGUUCUGGCAUAUCUGCAUGAAGAAUGCUUGGAGUGGAUUUUGCACUGUGAUAUAAAGCCACAGAAUAUACUUCUUGAUGCUAAUUAUCAACCGAAGGUAGCAGAUUUUGGCCUGUCGAAGCUACAAAACAGGAACAACUUGAACAAUUCAAGUUUUUCAAUGAUAAGAGGAACAAGAGGGUACAUGGCACCUGAGUGGGUUCUGAACUUAGCAAUAACGUCGAAGGUUGAUGUUUACAGCUAUGGAAUUGUUGUGUUGGAGAUGAUAACUGGGAAGAGCCCAACAACGGGUGUUCAAAACAUUGAUGGAGAAGAGUCGUACAAUGGAAGGGUGGUGGCAUGGGUGAGAGAAAAAAAGAGUGGAAGAUCUUGGCUACAGCAUAUCAUUGAUCCUGCACUCCAAACUAACUAUAAUGAAUCCAAGAUGGAGCUUUUAGCCAAAGUUGCUUUGGACUGUGUUGAGGAAGACAAAGAUAUAAGGCCAACCAUGAGCCAAGUCGUUGAAAUGCUUCAGAGUGUUCCUUAGUAACAUUACUAUGUUUCUUUCUAUCUCUGUAGCCGUUCUUGUUUUCUAUCUUUCAUGCUUGUGUGUAGCCAGGCUCAAUACUGUUUCCAAGGUUAUUUAAUUUAACACAAACUUUGUUAAUUA